AUGGCGCCCGCCGGUCUUCCUCUCCGUCAGGACAAGGACAAGAACGACUUUGAGAAUGAAGCCGUGUUCCGUCGAAACUGCCUGCCGCCUCGUGCAUAUCACAUCCCAGAGACGUCCCUCCUGCUCAAUGGCAAAUGGGAGUUCCAUAUGGCCUCGACGCCCCUCGAGGCUCCCGAGCCGGCAUCGUCGGGGGACGGGAGACCGCCCGGCCCCUCGGCCGAGGAGUGCUGGUCGAGCAUACAGGUGCCCGGCCACUGGCAGCUCCAGGGAUGGGGCCACCCGCACUACACAAACGUCCAGUUCCCCAUCCCCGUCUGCCCUCCCUAUGUGCCGGCGGAGAACCCGACUGGCACAUACCGGCGUGUUUUCCACGUCCCACCGAGGUGGGACGCCGACACCCAGCUCAGGCUGAGGUUCGAGGGCGUCGACAGCGCGUACCAUGUCUGGGUCAACGGGGUGCUCGUCGGGUACGCGCAGGGCUCGCGGAACCCUUCCGAGUUUGACGUCUCGGACUCUGUGGUCCGAGGCGGGCCGAACGAGGUCUUUGUCAGGGUGUACCAGUGGUCUGACGGCACCUACAUCGAGGACCAGGACCAAUGGUGGCUAUCAGGAAUAUUCCGUGACGUCUAUCUUCUGGCCGUCCCCAAGGACAUCUGGAUAGAAGACUACUUCAUCGAGGGUGAUCUAGAUGAGAGCUACAGAGACGGCUUGCUCCGUGCCACCGUGAAUGUGUGCACGUCCAAACCGAGCACACUAACCCUCACCCUGCACGAGCUUGCCAAGAACGGCGGCGGUCUGGUGGGCACCACCAAGACAACUAUCGAACCGACAGAGAAAGAGACUGCUGCCAAACUCAACUUGACGAUAUCGCACCCUGAGAAGUGGACUGCUGAGAGCCCGUACCUGUACCGAGUCGAACUGACUCUCGCCAGUGGUGACAAGACCUACACGGUGAACCAGAACAUCGGCUUCCGCAAGGUCGAGCUCCUCAAUGGCCACAUCUGCGUCAAUGGCAAGCGCAUUAACAUCCGCGGCGUGAAUCGCCAUGACCACCACCCCCUAUUCGGCCGAGCUGUGCCCCUCGAGUUCAUCAAGCAGGACUUGAUCCUCAUGAAAAAGCACAACGUCAAUGCACUCCGGUGCAGCCACUAUCCCUCGCAUCCCAAGCUGUACGAUAUGGCGGACGAGCUAGGCCUUUGGAUCAUGGACGAGGCCGACCUUGAGUGCCACGGCUUCUACGACGCUAUCGCCCGGCCCAUGGAUGUACCCGAGGAGAUGGACUACGAAGAGCGCAAGAAGCUCGUGUUCGGCAAGGCCGCCCUCUACACGUCCGACAACCCGACUUGGAAGGAUGCCUAUGUAGACCGCAUCCGCAGUAUGUUUUACCGGGACCGAAACCACGCAAGCAUCAUCAUCUGGUCGUUUGGCAACGAGGCCUUUUAUGGCCAGAACCACAGAGCGAUGUGGGACUUCAUCAAGGCGCACGACACUGGCCGCCUGGUUCAUUAUGAAGGCGACGCCAAAGCUGAGACUGCAGACAUGUUCUCAUAUAUGUAUCCGGCUCUCGACCGCCUCGAGAGACUCGCUACGACGGAAGCCGUCCGCGAAGAUGGUUCCUACGACAAACCCAUCAUCCUUUGCGAGUACGGACACGCCAUGGGCAAUGGUCCAGGGCUGCUCAGCGACUACGAAAAGCUCUUCCGCAAGUAUCCCCGCUUACAAGGUGGCUAUAUCUGGGAGUGGGCCAACCACGGUCUCCUGAAGAAGGACGGAGACAAGUCUUACUAUGGAUACGGAGGCGAUUUCAACGACUUUCCCAACGACGGCACUUUUGUCAUGGACGGACUAUGCAACUCGAUCCACGAGCCCACGCCUGGAUUGUUGGAGCUGAAGCGUGUCAUCCAGCCUGCCAGAAUCUCUCUCCAGGGGCGAGAUCUCGUCAUAGAGAACCUGCAUGAUUUCAUUGACCUUGACCACCUGACGCUGACUUACAAGGUCGAGGAAUUUGACAACGAGGUCACCCAACUCGCCGCCGGAGUGCAACGAUUCCCCACUGUUGAAGCCGGCCACAGCGUCGAGGUCGAGCUCCCGGACAAUGUCUUUGGUCACAAGAGCCAACACGAGAUCAUGCUGACGGUGGCAUUGCGCCUCCGCGAGUCUACCCCGUGGGCAGACGUCGGCCACACAGUUGCUUGGUCUCAGUUCUACCUCACCGACCAGCGCAAGCACAUGCUCAUGACUCUGCCGCCCUCUGGGCCGUUCAGACCCACAUCCAAAGUCGAGACCAAGACAUCUGGCUCGUCGCUGCUCGUAUCUGGUGUCGACUGGACAUUCGAGUUCGAUCGGGCCAGAGGCUACCUGAGGAGGUGGACCUCCGGCGGCGCAACCAUUCUUGAGCCCGACGAGAAGACUCACGCCGCCAUCAUUCCUUCCUUCUGGCGUCCUCCCACAGACAACGAUAUGCCGCAGUCGCUUCCCUACUGGAAGCGCUUCGGCGUGGACGAUCUGACCAGCCAGCUCCGCAGCUUCACCGUCAACGGCGAUACGGACGGCGUCAUCAUCGAGGCGACGACCUUCCUCUCGCCGCCGGUCCUGGACUGGGGCUGGACCGCCGUCAUCGAGUACAUGAUCCUCAACACGGGCACGCUCGACGUCCGCGUCAAGCUCCGCCCCUCGGGGCACUCCCCCUCGCACGUGCCCCGCAUCGGGCUCGACCUGCGCGUCGACAGGUCCCUCGACCGGCCGCGCUGGUACGGCCUCGGCCCGGGCGAGUCGUACCCGGACAAGCGCGGCGCCCAGCGCAACGGCAUCUGGGAGGUGCCCUCGGUCGCGGACCUGCACACGCACUACGACGUGCCGCAGGAGGGCGGCAACCGCAUGGGCGCCGGGUGGGUCGCGCUGACGGAGCCGCACGGCAGGGGCCUGCGGGCGCGGGUCAGCGCCGCGCCCGACGACGAGCAGUGGAGGCACAUGCACGAGGGGUUCAGCUGGGCUGCGAGCAAGUACGGCGCCAAGGCCGUGGAGAACGCGAGGCACCCUUGCGAUCUGGUGAAGGAGGAGGCGACCCUGCUCCGGCUCGACGCCGAGGUGGCUGGCGUUGGGUCCGCGGCCUGUGGGCCCGGCGUCAAGGACGGCGACUUGGUGCGUGUGCGGGAGAUGGGUUUUGCGUUUGUGCUGGACAUUGUGGGCAGUUAA